CAAAAUAAAUAAAGAGAUGAAAGAUCACCCACAUAAAACAGACAGUGUAACACUAGAAAUUCAACAUUUAUCGACAAUUAUUUCUGGUUUACAAGAAGAUAGUAAGAAAGUGAAGACCGAUACAGCAAACACGAUAGAUAAAUUACAGUUAAAGCACAGUAUGAUGUACAAACUCCUACAACAAAGAUUGAUGCCCAUUGACAAACUGAUUCAAAUCUUUAACAAGAAGUUUGAAACUAGGGAACAAAGUUUUAAAAAGCUGGAGGCCAUUGAAAGUGAGAUGAUAAGGCUUCAAACGAUAAUCAUACAAUCGAUAAACGUGCAGCAUGUAACAGAUAUGGUUGUUAUAUCCACCUGAAAGACAACACAAUGAUCACAUUGUAUUCACGGAUUGAAACAUUUGGUGAAAUUAGAGAAUACAACGG